CAUUCGAACGACUCAAUUUAUAGAACAUCCAGUCUAUUUUUUUAUCGGAACAAUAUGAGGGGCUUCUUUGUGCUUGUACUCACUGCUAGUGCUUGCACGUAUUCGGCGUUCGCGCACCCCGAUCAUGUGUACCACUACGGGCAACAAGCCCAUCAACAUGCACAAGAGGUUCAGCAACAUGUUGAACAACUUAUGUUACAGGGUCAGCAACAUGUUUCGCAUCAUCAGCACGAACAGCAGGUGGUUUCAAGUCCACUACAAGUUCAUGAACAGAACUCGCAUGGGCCGCCACAUGUUCAUCAAGCGCAGCCACCAUAUCUACACCAUGGCCAGCAACAUGCUCAUCAAGGUCAGCAGCAUGGUCAUCAACAUGCUCAACAUGUUCCACAUCAUGUCCACACACAACACUUGUCACACCAACACGUGCCAAACGUGCCAAAAAUCACCAUCACCAGUGUUGUGCAGCAUUUGCCCAUACCGCAUAAGGGCUUUGAGGUGCCCAGCCGUGUACAGCAUAUCGUCGAUAGUGCCCAUCAACACAUUCCACAGGUUCUGAAUCAUCAUUUGUCUCAACAAAAGCAAGUUGAAUCAGCAGUUUAUGGUGAUAAAGUACCUUCGCAACCAAUAGGGGUGCCGCCUGCGCAUGUACAAAAUAUUGUAGAACAUGUUCAUUCACACAUUCCACAAGUGAUCAAUCAUCAUAUACAGCAGCAAAAACAAAAGGAGGCUGCUCAAAAAUCGGCUAUUGAUCCACAUGUACCACAGCUUUUACUUGCACAACAACAAGUUUCACAAGCUGACAAUGUACAGGGAAUGCAGGGUGUUGCAAUUUCCGACAGUAAGCCGUCAGAAGUGCCACCACAAGUGCAGCAAAUUGUUCAGCAUAUAAAUCAACACAUUCCACAAUUGAUUCAGUAUUUAAGCCAACAAGCUCAACAGUUACAGCAGAUUGUUGAUAAACUUCAACAACAACAGCAAUCACAGCAGCCGGCAAUUCCAGCUAAAGUGCAACAUGUUGUCGAUAAUGUGCAUCAACACAUUCCACAAGUGAUCAGUCAAGCACAACAGCACCAAAAUGUUGCUCAUCAGCAGCAAAGUGGUGCCGCUGUAGGCCAAUCGCAACCAGUCAUAACCGAUAAAGUGCAACAAGUCGUAAAUCACGUGCAUGAACACAUUCCACAAGUGAUCAGUCAUGCACAGCAACAUAAGCAACAAGUACAGCAGCAACAAAGUGGUAUCGCUCUAGGCCAAUCGCAACCAGUCAUAUCCGAUGAAGUGCAACAAGUCGUCAAUCACGUGCAUCAACACAUUCCACAAGUGAUCAAUCAUGUUCAACAUCAAAAGCGACAUGUCGCGCAAGAUGAGCAAAAACAACAAAAGCCGAUUCAGGGAGUACCACAUGAGGUCAACGGUGUAGUAAUUCCCUCGCAAGUUCAAAAAAUUGUGGAUCAUGUCCAUCAACACAUUCCACAAGUGGUUAACGAGGCAAAAAAGCAGCAACAAAAACAAGGCGCUGACAAACAAUCACAGCAGGCCAUCGAUUCGAAACAAAGUCAACCGCAAGUUGCCAAUAAGGUCGAACAAAUUGUCAAUCACGCGCAUCAACACAUUCCACAAGUGGUCAGUCAUGCGCAGCAACACAAUCAACAAGCCCAUCAGCAACCUCAGGGUAUUCCCCAUCAGAUUCAAGGUGUUGUGAUACCCUCGAACGUUCGAAAAAUUGUCGAUCAUGUCCAUCAACACAUACCGCAAGUCAUCAAACAGGUUCAGAAACAAAAGCAGCAACAACAAGGUGUUUCCAAACAACUACAGGAAAAUGUCGGUUCGGACCAGGAGCAGCCGGCGAUACCAUCUAAGGUGCAGCAUGUUGUCAAUCAUGUGCAUCAACACAUUCCACAAGUGAUCAGUCAUGCGCAGCAACACAAGCAACAAGUACAGCAGCAACAAAGUGGUGUCGCUGCAGGCCAAACGCAUCCAGUCAUACCCGAUAAAGUACAAGAGGUCGUCAAUCACGUGCAACAACACGUUCCACAAGUGGUCAGUCAUGUUCAACAUCAAAAACGAGAAGUACCAAAGCAGCAGCAGGGCGUACCUCAUCAGGUUCAAGGUGUAGUAAUUCCUUCGAAAGUUGAAAAAAUUGUCGAUCAUGUUCAUCAACACAUACCACAAGUCAUCAAUGAGGCUGUGAAACAAAAGCAGCAACAACAAAGUGUUUCCAAACAACCGCAAAAGGCCGUCGAUUCGAAACAAAAACAGCCAGCGAUUCCCAAUAAACUCGAACAUACUAUCAAUCAUGUGCACCACCACGUUCCACAAGUCAUUAACCACGCUCAUCAACACAAAUCAGUAGUAGAGCAACAACAUCAGGGAAUUCCCGAUCAAAUUCAAGGUGCUUUAAUACAUUCGCAAGUUCGAAAAAUUGUCGAUCAUGUUGACGGCCGUAUCAAGGAUUAUUUUUCGGGGGGAGUUGUUGGUUAUAAUAAACAAAACUUCCAAGUGCAAUUUAAUCUUGAAUAGGCAACAGAAUUUAUGCAGGAACAUAUACUUAUGUACAUAUGUAUGAAAACAAAUAAAAGUAUUCACAUAAA